CGCGCCGACUGCGUCCAUUUAUCAAUCGCAUUUUCAGGGCCCCCGAGCUUUUUUUUGACCGCGCGAAGCACCGUAUCAGUUGCCGCGAGGUCGCUGGGAGCCGUCCGUGACAGUCACCUGACUCAAAACAAGUUCACGUUAGCACACCGCGGUAUGCUAGCCGAAAAUCGCCGGGGCGUCGCGGGGACACACUCGACUUGUUGAAAACGUCGCGGCCGCCAGUGAAGAUGCGUGCUGUCAGCGCUGGAGACGAUUCGUGGCCGACGCAGCAGGCUAGCUAAAUGUCACUCUGCAGCUCCUCUGUUGUCUCUGCUGGAUUGCGACUAUCUGGAGAAAAAUAGGAAUGAAGAUGCCUCAGUCAGCGGCUAUCAUCAGUGGGAUCCAACGGAUGGUUCUGUAUGAAACCAGAGCCCGGUAUUUUUUGGUGGGGAGCAAUCAGGCACAGACCAAACACAGAGUCCUGAAGAUUGACCGCACAGAACCCAAGGACCUGGUCAUAAUUGAUGAUAAGCAUGUGUACAACCAGCAAGAGGUUCGGGAAUUGCUGGGCCGCCUAGACCUGGGCAACCGCACCAAAAUUGGCCAAAAGGGUUCCUCUGGUCUGUCCAGGGCUGUUUCAGCCUUUGGGAUCGUGGGGUUUGUUCGUUUCCUGGAGGGUUACUACGUUGUGCUGAUUACCAAGCGCAGAAAGAUGGCUGACAUCGGUGGCCACUCCAUCUACAAAAUCGAAGACACCAACAUGAUUUACAUCCCCAAUGACUCGGUCAGGAUUACACACCCCGAUGAAGCAAGAUAUGUGCGGAUCUUUCAGAAUGUUGACCUCUCCAGCAACUUCUACUUCAGUUACAGCUAUGACCUGAGCCACUCGCUGCAGUAUAACCUGACUUUGCUGCAGAGGCCUUACGACCUGUGGAUGUCAGCAGCCUCCUCCACUGAGGAAGAGGUACACACACAGAGGAAGCAGGACAGCUUCGACAUCUUUGAAGACGAGGGUUUGCCUACGCAAGUUGUUUACGGCCUCCAGAUCGAGCCGUACUACAAGUACGUGUGGAACGGGAAGCUGCUGGAACGGGUCAAGGACAUAGUGCAUCAUGACUGGCUCAUGUAUAUAAUCCAUGGCUUCUGUGGCCAGUCCAAGCUUCUGAUCUACGGCCGACCGGUUCACAUCACCCUCAUUGCCAGGCGAUCCAGCAAAUUUGCUGGGACCCGCUUCCUCAAAAGAGGAGCCAACUGUGAGGGGGAUGUGGCUAAUGAGGUGGAGACGGAGCAGAUCAUCCAUGACGCUUCAGUUAUGUCUUUCACGGCGGGAAGUUACUCAUCAUACGUCCAGGUGCGAGGUUCGGUCCCGCUCUAUUGGUCCCAGGACAUUUCAACCAUGAUGCCAAAACCCCCCAUACGAUUGGACCAAGCUGACCCAUACGCCCACGUAGCUGCCCUCCAUUUUGACCAGAUGCUGCAGCGAUUUGGCUCUCCUAUUAUCAUCCUCAACCUGGUCAAGAAACGGGAAAAAAGGAAACAUGAGAAGAUUCUGAGUGAAGAGCUCUACCCAGCUGUGAUCAACCUAAAUCAGUUCCUCCCUCCAGACCACUGCAUCGACUACAUCGCCUGGGACAUGGCCCGCUACACCAAGAGUAAGCUGUGCAACGUUCUGGACCGUCUGAGUAUGAUAGCGGAGAACGUGGUCAAGAGAACAGGUUUCUUCAUUAAUCGAUCCAACUUCUACUGCCACACCCUCAGACCGGAUGACAGGUGGGGAGAUGUAGGUGGACACAUCACAGCCAGUGGACGAGUGCAGACUGGUGUGUUGCGGACCAACUGCGUGGACUGUCUGGACCGGACAAAUACUGCCCAGUUCAUGGUGGGGAAGUGCGCACUUGCUUAUCAACUUUAUGCUCUAGGAAUGAUUGACAAGCCCAAGCUGCAGUUUGAUACUGACUGUGUAAGGUUGUUUGAGGAGCUGUACGAGGACCACGGAGACACUCUGUCUCUGCAGUACGGUGGCUCCCAGCUGGUCCACAGGGUCAAGACCUACCGCAAGAUCGCUCCCUGGACUCAGCACUCCAAAGACAUCAUGCAGACACUGUCGCGCUACUACAGCAAUGCUUUCUCAGAUGCUGACAGACAGGAUGCCAUCAACCUGUUUCUCCAAGUCUACCAGCCAUCAGAGUCCAAGCCGCACCUCUGGGAGCUGCCCACUGACUUCUACCUACAUCAGAGGAGCACCAUGGCCCUCCCCCAAGACAGACACAGCUACACACUGUGGUGGUCAGAGGGAAUCCUGUCCUAUCUUCCUGUUGCCUAUGAUGAAGUUCCCUGUGACAACAACAUGAAGAAAAUCAAAGUGAAGAGAGUGAACAACUUUGAUGAGAGUACUGACAUCUACACAGAGUUCUUCAAACCUUAUGAACUCACCUCCUUUGAUGACACUUUCUGCAUCGCCAUGACCAACUCUGCAAGGGAAUUUAUGCCCAAGACAGUUGGAGUGGAUCCAAGCCCAUUCACAGUUCGCAAGCCAGAGGAAACAGGGAAAUCAGUGCUGGAGAACAAGAGCAGUAAGGAGGAGACGCUGCUCCAGAGGAAGACUGCAGCCAGUGCACCUCCUCCCCCAAGUGAGGAGGCCAUCUCCAGCACAUCAGAGGACGAUUCAGAGGAGGACCGCGACGACGACGGGGCCGUUUCCCAGCGCUCCACCCCGAUCAAACUGCUAACAGAGUCUGGAGAGAGCACUCGCACACAGGAGGAGCAGCAGCAGCAGCAGCAGAUAGUUAAGGAGCCCUAUGGACUCAAUCUGGCUAAAUUUCCUGCAGAAAAAGACCUGCUCGUCUAUGAAAGGUUUGCACAUCUGGGUGAGAGCCAGCACAAAGUGGAGAGAACUGAACACAUAAACCUGGCAAACAUCAUCUGCUUAGAGCCGGUGUCCUGCUUCGCGGAGGACAGCACCUACGCCGUUUCUCCUCCACAUGUCGACAGGGACAGCCGAGAUGUGUUUGAGAGCCAUGUGACGACGGGUCGGGGCCAGGUGAGGGCGCUGUGCAGGGACGACAUGUUGAUGUACAGGGAGUACGUCAAGAACAGAUACAUGUGAGACGCAGCUGGCGCGAACUGGAUCUCUGUCACCAAUAUGCAUGCCUAGGACGAUCGGCUGUAGUCCAGCGCAACAUUCCUACUCCAAGACUCUGAGGGUGUUUUGGCUUCAAGAUUCAAGGGCAGAGCAAGAGAUGUUUUCUUGCGUUUGCAAAUCAAUUUUGCUUCAACCACCCACCUCUUGAAUUUUUUUUUCCCAUUUUGUUGAGAGAAGCGUAUCCAUAAUGAAGAUAAAGGCACAUGAGCGACCCAUAUGUCCUUUUUACGGACUAAACUAAGUGGUUUGAUUUUUUUUUUUUUUCUUUUUCUUUUAAAUUAGUCAUUUGUGUGUUUUAAUAGCUUCAAAUCUAAUCCAAUUAUGUCAGUUUUUAUUAAUUCAGACAAACCUUAACCGGCUGCCUCUAUGGUGCUUCUCAUUUGUUCUUUGCGUUGUUUUCCAUUAAUUAAAUUUUUAAUUGCAACUCUUUUAAGAAAGUUUAUUUAACUAUAUGUAUGUUUUUCAAAAAUGCAAAUUGUCUUUACUAAGUAUUUUGAAUCUUUAAUGUUGGAACCAUUAAGAGGGUGGUAGGCCCAAAGAUUGUAAUGACAGCUUCUUUAAAAUCCACCUCAGAUGUGCUUUUGAUUUUCUUUUUAUUCAUUUUGUUAAAUCGGUUUCAUGUCACCUGUUCCUUUUUAAAAUCUGUUUUAAACUGAUUUCCUGACAGGAAUAUAUGUUGUUUUGUUUUUCAGUAAGUCAGUAACAGUGUUGAACAGUCCUACAUAAUGUAAGUCAUACAUGUACUGUAAAUCUACAUCCCGGUAAUUUUACCACUGGUUAAGAUCAGUCACAUUUUGGGGUCAUGUUUUGAACAGUGCACUGUGCUCCUUUGUUCAGCAGCUGACAAAAGACAUCACUGAUACCUUCAUAUUGUGGGUUUUAUUAAACCCCAUUCUUAGUUUACAAAACAGCACACAGAUUUUGUUUUGCAUUUCUGAGAUGUCAGCUAAUUAUUGUGUAUAGUACUUCUAAAUUAAACAUUUAUUUAUUAACGUGGUGUUUGAUUGCUGUUGCCUGUAAGCACUUUUCUACACUGUCAUUUUUUCC